AUGUGGAGUGAAAAAGCUUUGCUUGUGAGCUUUUUGUUGGGAUUUGUGUGGAGUGUUGUGCAUGGGCAUGGGCAGUGUGAAGUGAAAUUAAAAUAUGGAUAUGGGGAUGUUCAUGGACGUGGAUUAUUGAGUAAAACCCCUAAAGGGGAUCCUCUGUGCUCAUUCCUUGGGAUUCCCUAUGCUCAACCCCCAAUUGGGGUGCUGCGCUUUGAGCCACCGCAACCCUUGGAUUUGGCCUAUUACUCAUCUUCUUUCGAUUUCACGGUUAAAAGCCCAAUUUGUGUGCAGAAUAUGUUGCUACAUAAUGGGACGAGUGGACAAGAGGACUGCCUGUACCUCAAUGUGUACAAGAAGCAAUCGCAUUGGACUGAAUUGAAGCCAGUGAUUGUUUGGCUCCAUGGUGGUUGGUUUCAAACAGGAUCAGCCUACAGCAGGAAUGCAGAUCAACCUGACUAUCUCGUGGAUGAAGAUAUUAUUUUUGUCACCCUAAACUACCGCCUUGGAGCUUUGGGAUUCCUCUUUCGCAACAAGGACACCUUUACUGGGAACCUUGGGCUGCGUGAUCAAGUUGAAGCCCUCAAAUGGGUCAGAGCAAAUAUUGCUGCAUUUGGUGGGAAUCCACAGAAGAUAACACUAAUGGGAUGGAGUGCAGGAAGUGCCUCAGUUGCAUACCAUUUGCAAGCUCCUGCCUCUCGAGGGCUCUUCCAGGCAGCCAUAAUGAUGAGUGGAACUUCCUUCAAUCCAUGGGCAUAUGAAAGGCACACGCAAGGAUGUGUGAAUGUCCUGUGCAAAACCCUAAAUAUUCCCUGCGCCCAUGGGGAUCUAAAGGAAAUUCUCAAACGCAUCCCAACGUCAUAUUUCAAAUCAAUUGCCCUAAAUUCCCAAACAGUCAUAUCCUACUUGGGAGAACCAGCUCCAUGCUUUGAGCCAACAGUUGAACUCCAAGAGGUUGCCUAUGGAACAGCCAUGGUUCAGGACUUACAGCAACGACUAAUCUCACAACCCAUUCUCAAUGACGUUCCCCUAAUGAUAGGACACACAGUUGCCGAAACUUGGCCAAGCUUCCACACUAAUCGAUUUUCAUUGCAAAAUAGCUGGAAUUAUUCAUUCACAAAUACCAGGGAUGAUGUCCUUUCAUCCCUAAGACGCUACCUCAUAGCUGGGACGAAGGAACUAAAUAAUCUCAGCAAACAACUAAUGACCGAAGCCAUCCUACUUCAUGGAAUUAGGGAUUUUGCAGAAUACUACACAACCAAUGCUGAUUCCAACAUUUUCUUCUAUCGAUUCUCUCACAAGCAAAGAGGAAAUGACAUUGGAUCAUUCCAUGGGGAUGAACUACCCUAUAUUUUUGGACAACCAGAUGGACCAACAGGAAAGUCUAAAACAUCCCAAAAUCAUGAAGAUGGAUUAAUUAGAAUGAGACUUGUACGAUACAUUACGGAUUUCGCUAAAUUCGGGUAA